AUGAUUGCUGGGCUAGACUCCUACUGGCGCCUCCAUCGCCCAUGGAGCUUGACUGAGCAUCUCCACAAACAGGUCGAGUUGAAGACCGGCCGUCGCUUUCCAGACAACACCUCACGACUUCACCUUGGCAAGAUCUUAGGCCGCUCCGAGCGACAGGCGCUGGAUUACCACCAAUGCACCUACAAUGAGCUCCACAAGUUUGCCCUUGAGCGCGGACUCGCUGAAGAGAAGGACGCGAAGCGGACAAUUGAGCAGCUUGUCGAGUUACUGGAGACCGCCGACGAAGACCGCACUUUCCACUUAAUGGACCUGUCGCCUGAGCUUCGCUGUCAGUCUACGGCUGGUAGUAAGAACAGGGGCGAAUGUACAAGUUGUGAUGGCAUCAUCACUGACGCUUCAUCCAGCUUCGCGGCACUCCAGCAGCCGGUCAAAGCUCCAGUACUGCCCCCGUUGGCUCGGACGUGCAAGCUCUGCUCUUCUAACACCUCAUGCCGCCGACAUAGCUACCAGACUGUCCAGUUCCAUUUCACGAUGGGAGGCCGGCCAGUCUUCUCCUACGACGAAGACACGCACCGGUUCCUCGCCAGGAUCCACUACAAGAACUGCAAGACCAUCAACAAGUUCAGUUUGGACGUAGAAGGACGGAGAUUUGAGAUGACACUGAAGACGAAGGAAAAGGGGUCCGAGUAUGCGGUCUUCCGGAAGGGCAACGGCUUGAUGGCACACGACUACAUCGCCAUACGGAUAGAGCGCUGUCUGUUGCGUGUCGCCCGCGAGCACGCACAUGGAGGGAAGUUUUCCAAGUUCGACAUGCUUAUGCUGCCGGAGAACAUCAAGAAGGCUGCGCUGCAGGAGACCAUGGCAUGA